AUGGAUUUUAGCUCUCCAAUCAUCUCCCUACUCCUUCAUUUUCUUGUCGUUGUUUCUUUGUGUUGUACUGUUAAUUCUUUAGAAACAAACUGUCAAUUAGUCAAUCAAACUUUUCGAUCAGGAGAAGAAUUUCACAAAUUGAAGAAGAUUAUAGCUACCCGUCUAAACCAAAUCAACAAGUCUACACUUAAGACCAUUCAAAGUCCUGAUGGUGAUAUAAUAGAUUGUGUUUUGACACAUAAACAACCAGCUUUUGAUCAUCCUCUAUUAAAAGGACAAAAACCAUUGGAUCCUCCAAAAUUACCAAGAGGGCAUAAUCAAAUGGGUAAUUUGAGUGAAAACUUUCAAAUGUGGAGUUUAUCUGGUGAAUCAUGUCCCCAUGGAACCAUACCAAUUAGACGAAUAACAGAACAAGACAGGUUAACAUCAAAGUGUAUUAGUGGAUUUGGAAAUAAAGCCACCGACAACACAAAACAUCUAUGGGCAAAUGCUCAAAUGCAGUGGGGAAAGAUUUAUGGAGCAAGGGCUAGCAUAAAUGUGUGGACACCACAUGUAGAAAGUUCAAAUGAUUUCAGCUUGUCUCAAAUAUGGGUAAUGUCUGGUACAGCUGGAAAAGACCGCAACACCGUUGAAGCUGGUUGGCAGGUAUUUCAGAAUCUCUACAAAGACAACCGCCCGAGAUUAUUUAUUUAUUGGACGGCUGAUAAUUAUCAACAUACUGGUUGCUACAAUUUAGCCUGCCCAGGCUUUGUUCAAACUAACAAAAAAAUUGUACUUGGAGGUUCAAUUUCUCCGACUUCUACAUAUAAUGGAAAUCAAUUUGACAUUACCUUAUCCAUCCGGAAGGAUGUAAAAACGGGAAAUUGGUGGCUUGAUUAUGGAUCUGGAAAUUUCGUUGGUUACUGGCCAUCCUCCUUAUUCACACACUUGAAGGAUGCUGCAACUGAAGUUCAUUGGGGUGGUGAAAUAAUAAAUAACCAUUACCCACAAGCUUCUUCCACCCAAAUGGGAAGUGGACACUUUCCUGAGGAGGGUUGGAAGAAAGCUGCAUAUUUUUUAAAUAUUGGAGUUCUAGAAUCUGAUAACACUUGGGUUCCUUUGUCUGCAGAACCCACGUAUUAUGUAUCUAAUGCAAAUUGUUAUAAUAUAAAAGGAGAACGUAAUCGUGAUUGGGGCUAUCACUUUUUCUAUGGUGGACCUGGCAAGAAUAACAAGUGUCUUUAA